CUACGCCCUUGCAUCUUUCAGUUUGGAGGUGAAUUUUUGUCGGAUAAACUGAUUGUAGUUAUUCAUUUUGCAGUCAUUUUUCUAUUGUCAUGACUGCAUAAUACUCUGUUGCAAGGACAAAAAAAGAAAACAAAUAUAUUUCACUAAUAGAGAAAAUAAAUUUGAACGUGUGUAAAAAUAAGACAACAUGAAGAAAGGAACUUUACGUACCGUUAUCUGUAUCAUACUUGCCACCGUAAAAAUGGAAAUAAACUGUGCUUCGUCCUUGAUGGAAAGUAAUGGAACCGCCGCAGAAGACGUGGACGGGAAAAUGUUGCAGAGCCUUGGAAGAAAGCUUAAUAAGCCAAUGUUAACAUUGCUUGGAAUGGCGAUACGGAAUCUUGAAUACCGUCAUCCUUGUGAUGACUGGACACAGUGGUCAGAUUGCGGGGCCGUUAAAGAAGGCUACAUUGCUACAAGGAAACGAACAAGAACGUGUGAAAUAAAUCCGCCUUCAUUACAACAGGGAAACAGAACAACGGAAACGGACGUAAGCAUCUGUGAGGGAUUUUGUCCACAGGACUAUAACGUGACGGCGAAUGGAUUCUGUAUAAAACUGUAUGUAAGUCCAAAAACCUUCGAUGACGCGGAAAAACAGUGUCAAAAUGACAGCGGACGCAUGAUUAACAUUGAUUCUGAGUUGAAACAUAGAGACGUCAAGAAUGUCCUGCAAGGAUUUUGCUGCUACGUGUUUGUCGAUGGCCGUCGUAAAGAUUCAAGUUCACCGUGGAUGACUCAGAAUAAUUCGCAGAAAAAAUACUUCAAAUGGGCUUCAGGGGAACCGAACAGUAAUUUGUUGUGCACACAAAUGCAUCCUAGCAAUACUUACUGGUACGAUCAAUCGUGCACAGCCACAUUGUCAUUUCUGUGUGAAAUAGUGAAAUAGUAACUGAAAUAUAACAGUUUCAAGGGAUAAAACUGAACGUAGAAAAACAUUGUAACGCCAUUUGUAAGGGAAAUAUUUUCUAGAACUUUUAUAGACUUAGAAACAAAUAGAUGACCUUAAUUGUUUUUAUUUUACAAACAUGUGGUAUAAGAAAACAGGUGUGCUCAUUAUACGUGAAGUGAAUACAUGUACAUGUCUUAUCCUGUCUUGGGGACAAACUGUUAAUAUACUAACGUUGCAUCUUAGUAGUUGUAGUGUUUCCUUUUAUAAAAGAUGGACUAAAAAGCUUUGAUAGUGCAAUGUAGAUAACCCAUUCAUUCGUAACUUUGAUUUAACUCAAAUAUAUAGGCACUGGAACUUAAAAUACAAACAAGUAAUCACUAUCUAUUUCAAAUAUAUGUGUAGCUAACUGCAUCAAAGUACACAGUCUGAAAAAAAUAUUUGAAAUAUCAUUUUCUGAAAAGUAGAUAUUUGGACUGAAAAAAAUGAUCAUGGGUAAAAUAUUUGAAGCUUAGGUGACUGUAUACAUAGUAUUUCAUGCAAACCAUGCACUUUUUACCUCUAGGCAGGAAAAAUCAUACAUAAUUACUGUAAGGGUCAGCACUUUGUAUAGAAAAUUAUGUAAAGAUCUAAUCAUUUAAUGCCUUAGAGAAAGUAUGACAUUUUAGAGGAUGAAAUAUGUCGACAAACAGACGAUUUUUAAAAUAUGUUAAAACCAACAGAAUUUCACUAGGAAUGCGUCAUCAAAGAAUGAGAAAAAUAUCUAGAAAUAAGAAAAUCAAAGAAAACAAUUUCAGGACUGUAAAAUGCAUGACUGUGUUAUCCUAUAGCUUACUUUUCCAUUGCACUGGUACAACAUAGACAGGAUUAUGAUUGGCAAAGGGUGUUCACUCAUAAAUUUCACUCUAUAAACAGAUUGUUUCCGCCAACAUUAAUCGCCCGUACUGGAUGUACGCACAUAUUGAGUGUACUAUAUACUGACUAAAGGUUAGGGUUAGGUUUAACAUAGGUUUAAUAGUGUACAUUCAUGCGUGCGUAUUGUUUCCACAUUGUUUCCCUUGUGCAAAGAGGACUUAUGGUAACUCUCUAUAAUAUAGUACAAUUCAGAUAUGAUAACCAGUCCAUCCGUAAAAUUGGUUUGGUUAAAAUAUAAUGUAGUUCAGAUAAUCCGCCAAUCAUCUACUUUGACCGAACUAAAAUAUAGUUCAAUUCAGAUAAUAUGACCCGUUUAACCGUAGCAAAUACCCGUUUAAGGAUGGUCCUUAGAGGGGACACAAAUAAUAUCCGGUAGAACUAAAUGAAGCUUGGUUCACACGAAAAUUAAACAGUAUAUAAAACAUGUACACUACUCAACACAACAACCGUCAGUUUACUGAUAUAUACAUUUAAUUCCGGAAAAGGGCUGCAUAAAGGGGCAAUACUUUCGGACAGUUCAGCGCCUUUGAAGACACACCAUUUUCAAAGAACUGUUACAUAUCUUCGUUUUGAUGCAUUUGCAAUAAUGUCCCAGUGUUGAAAUUUCACAUAACUAGGUUGAACGUAGUUUUCAGUAAUUGUUUUUAAAAUAUAUUUUGCCUAACUGCACACUGAAUAACCAAAAUAACAACACACCGAUAAAGCAGAAAUGUGUGAUUAAUAAACAUAAGACAAAAGAAAUACGUGAUUAAUAUCAUCACAAUUAUGAACAUUGCGUGGCCGACUACCUUUUGACCGACCAAAUUUUAAUUUUUACCACACCAUUUUUAACUUAAAGCGAGAACCAUGAGCACUUGAUCGGACGUUUACUAUGAUACUGUUUACUAUAGAAGCCCAGUGGGCUUUUCAAACAACUUUUUUUAUAUUUGAACUUUAUUAAUUCAAUUAAAAUAUGAUAAGAUAUAUAUUCAAAUGAAAUUGUAAAAGUAACUGUAAGAAAGCAGAAAACAUUCAAGUCCAUUGACUGGCUAACAUAAAUGUAAUGUCCAACAAGGCGGAGAUCGGCACAUAAUUUAGUAUUACAUGUAUAUUUUUCAAAUUUCUAUGGACCAGUUGCUUGAAAAUAACGCAAACUACCAAACAUCAAAUCCCAUCGAUAUAAAUUUUGAAAAUUUAUGCGUAAGUUUUACUACUUUUAGCUCACCUGAGCAAUGCUCAGGUGAGUUAUUGUGAUCGCUGGAUGUCCGGCGUCUGUCUGUCUGUCUUCUGUCAACAUUUUUGUCAUUUUGUCAGAAUGAUUACCUUGAUAGAAUCUAGGCUAAGUUCGAAAAUGCGUCAUCUGGCGUAACAAGUAGGUCAGUAGGUCACAUCAAAGAAAAACCUUGUGUAUGCGAAAGAGGCUGUAUUUUUCAACGGAUCUUCAUGAAAUUUUGUCAGAAUGAUAACCUCGAUAAAAUCUAGGACAAGUUUGAAAAUGAACUAUCUGGGGUCAACAUCUAGGUCACUAGGUCACAUCAAAGAAAAACGUUGUGUAUGCGAUAGAGGCUUAUUUUUCAACUGAUCUUUAUGAAAGUUUGUCAGAAUGAUAACCUUGAUGAAAUCUAGGCCAAGUUCGAAAAUAGGAGGUCUGAGGUCAAUAAAUAGGCCACUAGAUUAAAUCAAAGAAAACCUCUGUGUAUGCGAUAGGGGCUGUAUUUUUCUACUGAUCUUCAUGACAUUUGUCAGAAUGAUAAACUUGAUAAAAUCUAGGACAAGUUCGAAAAUGGGUUAUCUGGGGUCAAAAUCUAGGUCACUAGGUCAAAUAAAAGAAAAAACCUAUGUAUGCGAUAGAGGCUUAUUUUUCAACUGAUCUUUAUGAAAUUUUGUCAGAAUGAUUACCUUGAUGAAAUCUAGGCCAAGUUCGAAAAUGGGAGGUCUGAGGUCAAAAAGUAGGUCACUAGGUCACAUCAAAGAAAAACAUUGUGUACGCGAUAGAGGCUGUAUUUUUCAAUUGAUCUUUAUAGAAUUUUGUCAGAGUGAUGAUCUUGAUGAAAUCUAGGCUAAGUUCGAAAAUGGGUCGUCUGGGGUCAAAACAUAAGUCACUAGAUUAAAUCAAAGAAAAACCUUGUGUAUGCGAUAGGGACUGUAUCUUUCAACUGAUCUUCAUGAAUUUUGUCAGAAUGAUUAACUUGAUAAAAUCUAGGUCAAAUCUGAAAAUGGAUCAUCUGGGUUUAAAAACUAGAUCACUAGGUCAAAUCAAAGAAAGACCUUGUGUAUGCUAGAGUCUGUAUUUUUUAAUUGAUCUUCAUGAAUUUUUGUCAGAAUGAUUUCCUUGAGGAAAUCUAGGUAACGUUCGAAAAUGGGUCAUCUUAGGUCAAAACUAAGUCACUAGGACAAAUCAAAGAAAAACAUUGUGUAUGCAAUAGGGGCUGCAUUUUACAUCGGAUCUUUAUGAAAUUUGAUCAGACUGUUUGUCUGUAUAAAAUCUAGGUGAAGUUUGAAUAUGGAUCAUCUAGGGUAAAAAACAAGAUCACCCGGUCAAAUUAAAGUAAAACCUUGUGUACGCAAUAAGGCCUGCAUUUUACACUGGAUAUUCAUAAAAUUUAGUCAGAAUGAUUGCCUUGAUGAAAUAUAGGUCAGGUUAGAAUAUGGGUCAUCUGUGGUCAAAGUCAAAGAAAAACUUUGUUUGUGCAAUAGAUACUGUAUUUUUCAAAGAUUUUCAUGAAAUUUGGUCAGAAUGAUAGUCUUGAUAAAAUUAAGGUCAAGUUUGAAUAUGGGUCAUCUGGGGUCAAAAACUAGGUCGCUAGGAUAAAUCAAAGAAAAACGUUUUGUAUACGAUAGAGGCUGUAUUUUUCCGUUGAGGUUGAUGAAAUUUGGUCAGAAUGAUUGCCUUGACCAAAUCUAGGUCAAGUUCAAAUAUAGGUCAUCUUGGCUCAAAAACUAGGUCGCUAGGUCAAAUUGAAGAAAAUACUUGUUUACACUUAAGAGACCAUGUUUUCGUUCCAAUCUUAAUGAAAAUUGGUCAGAAUAUUUGUUUUCAUGAAUUCACUAGGUCAAACAUGUUAACACUGUUAUGGUGUUUCUCAGGUGAGCGACCUAGGGCCAUCUUGGCCCUCUUGUUUAAAUUUGUUUUGAAUGGUUUAUAAUUUGGAACGCUGUGUAUUAGCUGAAGCAAGGAAAAAUUCUUCAUUUAAAGGGAAUUCCUAUAGUUUUUAUGCGCAUCUUUCUGCGCAGCCGACACUUUCUAUGGAAAACUGAACUGAAGUCAACAUUUGUUGAAACAUGUGACAGACAAUCUUAAAUACGAGGAAUUUUGAAUGAAAUAACAUUUUUGAUAAGUUAUAUCAGUAAUCAAAUGUUGAUACUGGUUUAUGUUGUAUUGACAAGUAUCAUGCCUGACAGGUAUCUUGCUAUUUUUGUGGUUGUGUUUUCACAUCGCAUUUUAGUACAAAGACAGUGUUGUUCAUAUAAUGUAAGAUAAUUGACUUAGUACUGAUAAGACAAUAUCACCUUUCAGAUUAUUUAGUAUUCAAUUAUAGAAAGAAUUAAGAAUUUUAAAACUUUUUUUUAACUUUUAGCAGACAUACUUGUAAUCAAUUUGGCCAGGUUCGCGCCAUUUCCGUCCGAACAGGUGUUGUAUUCUAGCGGUCUUAACAUAAAAUUUAGCCUGGUGACCCAUACAUUUUUAGCCAUUUUUAUGCUCACAAUACAAUUAUCUAUACACAAGAAGAAAAAGAAAAAAUUCUAUGAAAGAGUUUUUUCAAAAUUUAAAAAAAAAUAUUCUUCACUAUGGGUAUUUU